AGGCGGAGGCGGCCCCGGCCAUGUCGGGCGAGGAGGAGGCGGCCGAGCUGACGAUCGCCGAGGACCUGGUGGUGACCAAGUACAAGAUGGGGGGGGACAUCGCCAACCGGGUCCUGCGGGCGGUGCUGGAUGCGGCCAGCGCGGGCGCCUCGGUGCUGGGCCUGUGCGAGAAGGGAGAUUCCAUGAUCAUGGAGGAGACCGGCAAGAUCUUCAAGAAGGAGAAGGACAUGAAGAAAGGCAUCGCCUUCCCCACCAGCGUCUCGGUCAACAACUGCGUCUGCCACUUCUCCCCGCUCAAGAGCGACCAGGACUACACCCUCAAGGACGGGGACCUGGUCAAAGUGGACCUGGGGGUGCACGUGGACGGCUUCAUCGCCAACGUGGCGCACAGCUUCGUCAUCGAGGCCUCCAAGGAGAAGCCCGUGUCCGGCCGGAAAGCCGACGUCAUCAAAGCAGCCCAUCUGUGCGCCGAGGCCGCGCUGCGCUUGGUGAAGCCUGGGAACCAGAACACACAAGUGACGGAGGCCUGGAACAAAAUAGCCCACUCGUUUCACUGCACCCCCAUUGAAGGGAUGCUGUCCCACCAGCUGAAGCAGCACGUCAUCGACGGCGAGAAAACCAUCAUCCAGAACCCCACAGACCAGCAGAAGAAGGACCAUGAAAAGGCGGAAUUCGAGGUCCAUGAGGUUUACGCCGUCGACGUCCUCGUCAGCAGCGGGGAGGGGAAGGCCAAGGACGCGGGGCAGAGGACGACCAUCUACAAACGGGACCCGGGCAAGCAGUACGGCCUCAAGAUGAAAACCUCCCGUGCCUUCUUCAGCGAGGUGGAGCGGCGCUUCGACACCAUGCCCUUCACCCUCAGGGCCUUUGAGGAUGAGAAGAAAGCCAGGAUGGGAGUGGUGGAAUGCGCCAAGCACGAGCUGCUCCAGCCCUUCAAUGUCCUCUAUGAGAAGGAAGGGGAGUUCGUGGCGCAGUUCAAGUUCACGGUGCUCCUGAUGCCCAACGGUCCCAUGCGGAUAACGGGGGGCCCCUUCGAGCCCGACCUCUACAGAUCCACCUUCGAGGUGCAGGAUGCUGAGCUCAAGGCCCUGCUCCAGAGCUCCGCCAGCCGCAAGACCCAGAAGAAGAAGAAGAAGAAGGCCUCCAGGAAUGCCGAGAACGCCACCACGGGGGAGGCAGCGGAGGAGCCGGAACCGGAACCGGAACCGGGGGAUUGA